CCCUUUAAAGGAUGUUGUAAAAGAAGAGAUUACUGAAGAAGAGCUUCUUUUUAACUCAAAAAGCAAAUGUUGUUUGAAACAGGAAGAAGGAGAACCGCUGAGCAGAAAGGGAGAGCAAGAGGAGCUGGAAUAUCAGGAGAUAAAAGUUGAGCAAGAGGAGUUUGCAUUUCAUCAGAUAAAAGAAGAACAAAGUGAGGAAGUACAUCAAAGGAUAAAACACGAGGAGAUAAAAGACGAGCAGGAUGAAAUGUCUCCUCACCAUGAAGACAAAGUACUUUGGGAGAUAAAUGAGGAUCAGGAAAAGCUUCAACAACACCUAAUAAAAGAAGAACUGGACAGCGAAGAUAAAGAUCAUGUUGUAGUGAAGCUGGAGACUGAUAUCUUCUUGGUGACUCCUAUGAGCGAUCAAAAAUACCAACAAGAAUUCAGUAGAGAGCUACUUACCUCCCAGCCCCAGGAUCACAAAGGGAAGAAUCAUAAAUACUUAGGAUCAAAAAGAGAUAAAGAGUUGAAGCAAAAUAAGAGGUGUUUGAAAUCUAGACAGCCAGAUGUCAGCACUGAUUGUACAAAACAAAAUAGGCCCCAAACAACUCAGGAUCAACAUUCGUAUUCUUGUGGGAUGUGUGAUAAAAGGUUUAUUGAAAACAGCUUAUUGACUGAACAUUUAAAAAAUCACACAAACAAGAGGCCUUUUUCAUGUGAGAUCUGUGGAAAAGGUUUUAGCCAACCAGGGCAUGUAACUGUUCACAUGAGGACUCACACAGGUGAGAAGCCUUUCUCCUGUAAGAUUUGUGGAAACACUUUCAGUCAAAAAAGCUCUUUAAUUAUUCACUUCAGAGUUCACCGGGAUGCAAAACCUUUCUCGUGUGAUAUUUGUGGAAGACCUUUCAGUCAAAAAAGCUCUUUAAUUCUUCACAUGACCUCUCACCCUGGUUGGAGGCCUUUCUCAUGUGAGGUCUGUGGAAAAGGCUUCUGGAGAAAAAGCUCCCUACCCGUUCACAUGAGAACUCACACAGGGGAAAAGCCUUUUCUGUGCAAUCUUUGCGGAAAAGGUUUCAGACAAAAAAGUUAUUUGGCUGCACACAUGAGAGCUCACACGGGUGAGAGGCCUUUUUCAUGUGAGGUUUGUGAAAAGGGGUUUACUCGAAAGUGCCAUUUAUCUGAUCACAUGAGGAUUCACACAGGCGAGAAGCCUUUCUCCUGUGUGACCUGUGGAAAGAGUUACAGAAUAAAAUGGCACCUAACAAAACACAUCACAACUCACAAUGGUCAGGACUCUUGGGUACAACCUGUGGAAGAAGAUGAAGCCAUGAAAACUGAUUAAAUUUACACAAAUUUGACAGUAAUUGUAUCAAACCUAUGAUUUUUGUCUUAACAUAUAAUUUAUUAAAUUGAGAGAACUUCGCAAAAGGGAAAGAUUCUUUAUUUGUUUCCA